UAUAUAUUUCAGUUAGUUAAAGUCUCAGUAUAUAGUGGCAUGUGUUUUAUUUAUUUGUUUCAUAACAUUUAAUAUAAAGCAGUGCAACAGUGAAUAUUUAAUUUACACACAUGUUUAAACUAAUAAUACGAAAUUAGCUGCAUAUAGCAUAUUCCUUUAUUUUAAGAAAAUUGUGAAAAAUCAUUGGCACUCAAUUCCUAUUUUCAAAAGCUUUAUUCCGUUUUCCUUGUGAAAUGUUUCUCUCUCUCUCUCUUAAAGCAGUGUUGUACGUGUCCUUACAUUAUGUCACUCUCUGGCAUUCUAUAUAUAUAUGUAUUUAUAUUUCGCGGUUCGUUAAGUUAGCACGCAGGAGUAAAUAAACCCCGCAAUAUCAGUUUAUGACUAAAUAUUUCUAUCUGAAAACCAACUAGGUAUAAUAAGGUCACAAUUAUACUAAUCAAAGAACGAUUUGUUGGCAUAUUUUUUGUACAGGUGGGGUUUCUGACCGAAAUCUGACAACUCUCAUUUCAUACAACUUUGUCUGUAGAAGUUCAUAUUAGUUUAAUAGUAGUUUGACUGGUUGAUUUCAUAUACCAAAUAAUUGCAACAUACAAAACAAAUAUAAUGAACUUAAAAAAGAAAUAUAUUAAUAAUAUAUGUAGCAUUUUGGUAGUUUAUGUAAUAUUAUGAAAAUAUGAAUAGAAAAAUGAACACUAACCAAUAAACAAGUACAAAAAUAACCAAUCCCCAGUGCAUAAAGAAUUUAUCUGCACCCCUAAAUAUCGACAAAUUGCAGGUCAACGAAAUUAGCACAACGACCUCAAUGUGGAGUCUCAAACGAUGUGCAUUUGGAAUUUUGGAAGAAGCUAAAUGAAGAUACACAUAAAUUCUCUAAAUGUUGACCAGCUGUUUAGCACUUGAUUCAAGCACGAACACCUUGAAUAUAACAACAAAUGAUGGUUUUACCGGAAUUAAUGUUAAUCUAGAUGAUGAAAUUUUCCACUCGGAAUUUGCAAAUUCUUUGGAGGCAAACGCUAAUAUAUUUCAAAGGGUAUCGAUGACGAAGCAACUAACUACCAGUUCUCCUACAACAAAUGGGGAAAGAAACCCCGGUACCUUAGUUAUAACGCCUAUAGCUCAUCUUGGUCCUAGUGAUACAUCAAUACCAAAUAAAAUAGAUUCGGCUGGAAUUGAGGCCGACAAUUGCAAUUCAGCAAAAGUGUUGCAAAAAAAUAGCAGCAAUUAUAUAACUUUAUUGCCAAACGCACAUGUUGCAAGCAUUUUGGCCACAAUCAAUUCGGGAAAUGAUGAAGUUUCUUCAAGGAAGACAGUUGAUGAUACCAAUGGACGUUCAGCGGCACUGGAACGUGCUUAUGUUCAUGAUGUGUAUGAGAAUUGCAAUGAGCCAACUGGUCCUAUUCGACCACGUAUAGCACAAUUUCUGAAUAAUUUAGAUCCUGGUGCAGUAGUCUGUGAUGUUGGCUGCGGUAAUGGUCGCUAUCUUGCUCAAGGAAAUCCUUCCAUUUGCACAGUUGGAGUUGAUCGUUGUUAUAGAUUGAGUAAGAUGGCUCGUGAAAAAGGCGGGGAGGUCAUAAUGUGUGAUAAUUUGGAGCUACCAUUUCGAGAUGAUUCAUUUGAUGCAGUUCUUUCGUUGGCAGUUGUUCAUCAUUUCGCUACCACUGAGCGCCGAGUAAAUGCUCUCCGAGAGUUGGCACGUGUAUUGCGCAUUGGUGGUCGUGUCAUUAUAACGGUAUGGGCACUUGAACAGAGACACCGUCGUUUUGAGUCACAAGAUGUUCUCAUUCCAUGGCAGCCUCCGAAAAUUCGUAAUAUGAGCUGUUCGGAUGAAGAGGAUGAUGAAAGCUUCUUACCACCUUAUCAUGCUUACACAGAGGACUCAACAAACUCAAGCCGCUCAGCUGGUGAUGGUGACAGCUCAAGUUUAUCCUCAUCCUCGCCCGGUGAAUCCUGCUACAGUUUUGUUCGACGUGCUAUUCAAAAACUUGCUGCUGGUCGAAAGCAUCCUUGGUUUUUGGACUCAUGGGCCUCAAAAGAAACAAAAAAUGAUAGCAGCCUAGAUUUUGAAGAUGUGAAAGAUUUGCCAAUCGAACUUCGACGACUUGAAGAUUUUGAAGACUUUCACGAUCCUCCACUUUCUGCAGGAUUGAAAUCACGUAGUCUUGGUAGCAUUCUGAAUCCCCCUCCCCGUCAAAUUGUCCGUUCAAGAUCCAGUGUCCCUAGUUUAGGUGGAACUCUCUUUCAUUUGGACGUGAAUUACAAACCUGGAAUAUCUGUAUCUACUUAUUCAAUUCAAAACACUCAACAUUUCUUUACCAAGGACUUCAAUAUAGCACCCGUUAUUGUCUCCAAAAAUAAUGUAUCUCCCACAAAAUCAGUGAAUGCUGCAAAUGUAAGAAGUAUAAAUAGUAAUAGUCCACUAGGACGCCGCCCAAAGCUCAUCAAACAAAAACAAUCCUUUUGUGAUGAAGAAUGCCAACUGCCAGAAUAUCCUUUUCAUAUAAAAGGUGCACAUAAUAGUAAUAAUUUUAAUGCCAGUAGUAGUUUGUAUUCACGAAGUCGCUACUACUUCAACGGCAGUAACAUUAACGUUAACUCACAAACUAUAGGAAAAAUGCCUAUUAUUGAUAAUUUACACCAUCAAUCUCCACUUUCCGCCCGCCAAAUGAUGCAAGCAAGUAUUUUUUUACGCAAACAAAGUUCCUUGAAUGAGGAACUUAUGGCCGUUAACCGAUUGCGUGAAAAAGAGGGAGUUCGGAAACGCAUUCAAAAGCAGACGUCAUUAAAUGAAGCAUUCCUUUGUCAAUCCAGUACACUUUCCAAAAAAUUUCAUAUUAUGCGAGAGAACUUCACGAAGAAAGUGAAAACUUCAACAGGCAGUUUUGAGAGGGUUACUAAAACUGGAUUGAAUAAAUUAGUUCAAAACCUUUCAUCUUAUAUAUCGCCAGGAACGAUUAGCUCCGAUCUGUCUGAUAAAGUAAUUAGCGAGAUUCAAGAAUACGGUACCGUACAUUCGCAAUCUAACGCUCCCAAAUGCAAUAAAUAUCACCAUCAUCACCAUUAUCAGAACGUUCAGCAUCCACAAUCUGUAAAUCUGCAAAAUUGCCAAUAUCAUCCGCGUACUUUCACAAACAACCAGGAAACCGGUUCGCAGGCGUCACAUUAUCAAAAGCAAUUGUCGAUCAGUAGUGGGGUCAACAAAUACGCCGGUCCAGUCACAUAUUGUAACAAUGCAGAGUGUUCUAACACGGGCUGUUAUUGCAGCACAUACCAUUAUGCGGGUUGUAGUACUUUUUGUACUACUAACGAUGGUUAUGAAAAUAAGAAUGGAGAGUCACGACGACACUCUAAAGAGUCCGGUUCAGACUCCUCUAAGGACAGCAGUUUACAGUCGGAUACCAGUAUUGAGUCAGAAGAUAGUUUCGCCUCAGUUAUUUUUAUACCAAAGCCAGAACAGCAUCAGCAACAACUUAACUACCAACAAAGCUCAAAUUCGAGUUCAAGUAAUUCGUCCUCAAGCAAUGGUGGAGGGGGAUGUCGAACUUAUGGAAGUUGCUGCCAACACAAGAUUGAAACGUGUAAAAAACAAAACAGUGACAAUACUCAAAAUUGUUUAACAUGUCUAAAGCAUCUGCAACAACCGCACCAUCAAAGAUUGCCCUCCGUACCCACCUCGCCCAUGAUUUUGGCAUGUCCACCAACUCCAGCGCAUUCCCCUGCAGCAAUACAAGCUGUUAUAACAUCUCCCCCAAGGACAGUUGCAGCUGUGACGGCAGCCAUGGCAAUACUUACUCCACCUUCAGAUAUUAAAAAUGGAAUCUUAGAUGAAAAUUCAAAAACAUUCUCAAAUAAUAAUACGAAAAAUAUCAAGGAUCGAUUCGAUUUUGAUGAAGACCUUAUAAAGCAGCACGAAAAGGAUAAAGCACAAAAUCAGCGAGAAAAUGAAGAAAUAGAAUGUAAAAUAACGCGACAAAUUAUCAAGAACCUACCUCCUAUUCCUAAAUUUCGUAAACAAUCUUUGCAACCAUUACGUCAAUAUUUUCCGAUCGUACGGCGGUCAUCGACAACAUCUAGCUCAUCUAUACCAAAUAUGCCAAAACUAAUGUCUUUAGAACUUUUCAAUCCAGCCACUGACGAUCUAGACAGCGAUUCGAGCGAGGCAUCCACACCAAACUCAAUUGACAGUGUGAUUAGUACUGGAAAAUCCAAUUCUACGACAAUUACCUUAGAGCAAAGUAUAAAUGUGAAAUCAUCUCCUACAUUUGAACAAGAUGAAUGCGAUUUUGAGCAAACUAUUAAGACAAAAAAACAACAAAACUACGGUGAGCAACUGAAGAACAGUAGUGACAUUCCACUCGACAUAUUUUUAAAUGAAGAAGACAGUUGUCCUAUACCACCGAAUAAAACCAAUAUUAACAUCAGUACGAAUUCAUUACAUAGGAAAGAACAAGACUUUGUUGAGUUUGCCGAACAGCUCAAUAUACAGUUGAUGCGGAAAUUUGAGGACAAAAGCGAUAAUGAUGAAUGUGUAAACAUAGAAGCGAUGAACGAAUUUGGCGAUUUUUCAGAUGUACACGUUAAUGUGUCGGCAGAAUAUUUAAAUUGGAAGCGUAGUAAUGAGUUGCGAGACUUGUCGGCAAUUCGCGAGGAACUACGGGAACGACGUUUAAUGCUCGCAAACCUUUCUACUCAGCCAAGCUUGCAACAAUCGCCAACAUCUUCCACAUCAUCCUUAUCUUCACAGACACGUAGUUUUACCAUUCAUGAGGAAAAUGAAGAAGAAAGUGAUGAACGAAGCUACUCUCUGCAACUCUAUGAGAAUUGUAAAGUAUCAAAAAUUAAUUAUAUACGUAAUCGUCCAUAUAAUUUGAAUCCGGAAACCGCUUACCUAUUGCAAGACGAAGGUGAAAUCUUUAACGAAGAAGAAGAAAAUGAAUUUGAUUCAUUAUCCAAACAAGAAACUCUUAAUCAACCCACAGAUGAAACCCAAAUGUGCCCCAAAGUCUCUGAAAGACCAAUUAGGAAUGAAACUUUGAGAUUGGAAAUAACAGAUGAAAAAAAAGACAAUUCAUUCGAACAAAAACCCAAAGAAUCUGAAAAAUCUCUCCAAAAUCGACAAUCAACAGAAUCAUGGGGCAAUUCUAACAGCUCUGCUGGUUCUCUUGAGAGUCCGUCUCAAGGGGGCUCAACAACACACCACCGCUAUUAUCACGUUUUUCGUGAGGGAGAGCUUGAUGCAUUGAUCAAUCAUCAUGUAGCUAGUUUACAUAUAGUCUCCUCAUACUAUGAACGGUCUAGUUGGUGUGUAGUUGCUGAAAAAGUUCAAGUUUGGACUAUAUAAAUAAAAUCUGAAACUUAUCCGUAAAAUUUAAACAAUAUGGAAAUGGAAAAUUAUAAUACAUACAUAACCUCUGACCAACAAUACCAAAACAAUAACGAAUUAAAUUUACGACUUUUUACUCGUGCAUUAAACAUUAAUAUAUACUGUGUAAUUAUGUAAAAGGAAUUGCUAGUGUGUUCACACGCCUUAGUUCUAAUUCAGUAUAGAUUAUAGUGCUUAAUAUAUCUCAACCAUACAUACGAGUACACAUGAACUCCCGAGCUUACAUCGAACGAAAUAUUCUCAACGAAUGUAAUGAACUAGGAUGUAUUUUAUUAGUAGAUAUGCACAGCCCCUCGCAUAAUGUGUUCCAAUCAUAAGAAUAGACGUAUAUAUAUACAGUAAUCCCCGCUUAAGUGCCCCUUCUUAAUAUGCAAGACUUUUGGAACACUUAAGCGAGAAAGACACUUAAAUGAAUUCCGCUUAAGUGCCUCGAGGUACUUACCAAGCUUUUUAUCAAAUGCUUCGAUCUAAUAUUUUUUCUUUAUUUCUUAUUAAUAACAAAAAUACUUAUUAAUAGCAAUAAAUAUGAAAAAAAACUUGUUUUCAUGCUCUUUAAUUUGGUUUGACAUUGUCAAAAGGCACUUAAAAGAGAAAAAUUGCAAACAAUUUUGUAUUUGUGGUUUAAAUAUUACAAGCAUUUAAGCAGUAAAAGCCACUUAAGUGGAGAAUUGUAUAUGUAAAUUUACAGAAAAAACAACGAUGCAGCAAAAUAUGUAAACUUAAGCGGGGAUCACUUUAUACCUUUAUUAAUACAGAUACUGGUGCUUAUGUUUGGCUUUGUAUUAACGUAU